UUUUCUGGCGAGGCAGAUGGAGAAAUCGGCGCAAAAAAGCACAAUGCACGAGGAAGCAAUGUGCGAAAGCCCGCGCCUGGAGGUACUUCGAAGCACGGUGCGGGAGCUGCUGCAAAAAACAAAGCGAAUGCAAAGGCGUCGACCAAUAAAGCUAAAGCGGGGCCGAAGAGCGCGAAAAACAAGACUGCGACGAAGGCUAAAGCGAAAGCCAAAGCGGGACGAGUCAAAGCAAGCGCAGCAGGUGGAGCAGCUGUAACUACGACCGGCACGAAGCACAAAGGCAAAGAGCAGGGGCCUGGAGGUUCCAAAGCCAAACAAGACCUUCAGCUGGCUCCCGAUGAUGUUGAUGAAGCAUCGAAUCAACCGGCCGUAAGCUCGAAGAAGCGCCUCCCUGUUCCUGCGUUAACGAGAGAAGAAACGGAGCACGCUGUCGCUACUGCAGAAGCGGCCGCGAAUCAAUCAGAGAUUGAAGCUUCGGAGCUGCACCCCGAUCAAGGCGUGGAACAGAGCCAACGGAAAGAGCGCAGUAGUAAGGAGAGAGACGCCGGAACCCGGGGAACGAGGACGAGCAAGAACAUCCUCAAGAACGAGAUGGAUACUCCAACCUUUGCAACGACAAGCACCGCCAUCGUGAGUUAUGGCAGCACGGCAGAAAUAAGUGUCGACAACACACGCGCUUCGCGAGCAGCUGAUCAGUGGUCCGAUGGACCCCGAGAAUCGCCCCGGCCGGUAGUGCAGCCCCUGUCCGCCGCAGCAUUGGAGUCGCUCCCGACGAAGUCCCGACUGCCGCCCCAACCUGAGGAAGAGGAUAGAUCAGGAUGGCCUGAUCCGGCGACAAUCAAUGAUAAGAACUUUAAGCCGGAAUAUGUUGGUCACCAACACGUCGUCAAGCAUCCAGGUAUUUAGAGGAUCCAUCUUCUCGUGAUGUAUUUUGUAAUUGUAUACUACGAUCGUUUUUUAUUUUUUGAAAUAUGGCUUCGAACAGCAAGAUCAACAGGGUGGCAUUGGCUGUUGAUUGGGCCAGUCAGCAGCCAAAAAUGCCAACCCCUUGUCACGACGACAGUCACUGACACUGCUAAUAUUGGAACUACACAGCCGUAGCAUGUGUGCCUGUGUAUUCCGCGUCCGCGAGCAAACUCGAUAUAUAAUCUGCUGGUUGCGGACACACGUCAAAAUAGAGCCACAAUUGUGAACAAUGUGUCCCUCAAAAAUUUCCUACAGAAACGCAGGAGUCGCUUCUAGCGCAAUACCGUCCAUAUAAUCGGCCAGCGGACGCUACCCCACGAGGGGAGAUACCCCAAACAUACGCAUGGUAUUGGUGGCGGAACGAGACGUGGGAGUUAGCCCGGAAACGGGACCCAGUGACCGGCAACUUUUCACGUAUGGCUUACAACAUAGUCAAACCCAAACGACCACCACCUACUCUCUUUCCGCACAACAAGGGCAAAGACCCCAACUUUUCCGAGGGAAAGGGAGCAGGAGCGCCGGCAGGCGAAGGUGAGAAUUCUUUCAAGGGAGGACAGAUGCAUCCUCCUUGGGAGAAAGGCGGGAAGUUCGGCGGGAGCAAGGGAAUGCAGAUGAUGCACGGAGCAGGCAAAGACCACGCGGGCUAUCCGAUGGAGCAACAGCAUGCCUAUCCCGGCGACAAGCAUGGUGCAAAAGGUGGUGGUUCUUACCACACUAGCAAAGGGGGCCACGACUAUGAAGAAGUUUGGUCACACGAAAUGAAUUCAUAUGUGUGGAGGAAAUUGGUACCCGACGACGACGGACCAGGGCCUUCUUCGGAAUUGAAACCUUUCGCAGGGCUUGAAGAUCACCACGAGGACCCUAGUUACUACCAGUCGUGGAGCAAGGGCAAAAAAGGGCAGCACGGUGGAAAGAAAUGGGGGCCGUCGAACGACCCUGGAUCCGCAAACUUUGGCAAGAAGGGCGGUGAAGCAGCGUCUGGCAAGGCCGAUAUCCCGCUGUCGCUGCGCGACGGUAGAUUCGACUUCGACGAACAAAGACGAAGGGAUGAGUACGAGGCUUUGGGCAAAAAAGGAAAAGGACCAGAGCGAUCCUUUCCCAGUAAGUUCGACUUUGACGCCAGCAUGAGACGAGCAGACGAGCGCCAGCCCGAGCGAGAUCAUGCGCGAGGACACGAUAGUCGCGGAAGGGGUAACAACUACGCCAGAGACCACGGCCAGCGGAAGUUUGAUGCCGAGGUGGCGCAGAAUCAGAAAACAGGUCCUGAUGGCGACCGCAGCCGACUCCACGGAAAUGGGCAAAAGCAGAGAUCAUUUGUGUUUCCACCACCUCCACCAGCGCUGGAAAUUUCGCCGGCAGAGGCAGCCGCGGCGCCUGCUCCGUCGGCCGGUCAAGCACGCAUUGAUGAAAAGGAGAAGAAGCUGAAGGAACUCGAGCGCUCCAUAAAGGAAGCAGAGGCCAAACUGCAAGACGCGACCACCGAACAAAUCGAGCGUGAUAUCAUUCAAGAUAUUCUAGACGAUGAGACGAAGCAGUUCCACAAGCUGCAACUCGAAGUGAAGAUCGAGAAAAGGAAGCUCGAAGCGCAGAAACUCCAGAAAGAAAAAGGCGGCGAGCAAAGCAAGCAAAAUCUUCCCGGAGGAGGAGGAGGUGCAGGAGCAGCUGCAGGAACCGGACCGGCGCCGCUACCUAUCGGAGCUCCCGUUGUAAUCGCGGCAUCAUCACCUCCCACACGAGGCGUAGGAGCAGCAGCAGGACCGGCGCCGCUGCCUGUAGGACCACCCGCUGCAAUCAAGUCGUUACCCAUACUACCCGUACCCGUAGGACCACCAGCAGGACCAGGACCGGUGCCUGUAGGAUCCGUAAUUGCGUCGUCUGCACCAGUACAGCCACCGCCUCCUCCACCGGCUGUGCCGGUGCAGCUAGUUGCGACGUCUUCCGCUGGUCGCGAAGUGGCAUCUUC